AAUGUCCACAAACAAGAGAUGGAGCGUUGAAUGUUCAUUUGAUACCACACUCACAUAUGGACGCCGGAUGGGUCAAGACUUUCGACGAAUAUUAUUAUGGCACUAAAACAACAGUCAGUACUGCAAAUGUCCAACUGAUAUACCACUCUGUACUCUCCGAACUCCUGCACGACAAGAGGAGAAAAUUCACGUUCUCGGAGACGGCAUACUUCUGGCGCUGGUGGAAGGAGCAGCGCCCCACCACAAGGGCCACCUUCAGGGCCCUGGUGCAGGAGGGCCGCGUCGAGUUCGCUGGAGGCGGCUGGGUCCAUAAUGACGAGGCUACCCCUGACUACCUGCAUAUAAUUGACCAGUACACUUGGGGAUUGAGAAAACUGAACGAUACACUAGGUCCCUGUGGGAAACCUAAAGCUGCCUGGCAGAUAGACACCUACGGGCAUACAAGGGAACAAGUAUCUUUGCUGGCUCAAAUGGGAUUUGAUGGAUUAUUUAUAGGUCGAGUGGACCAUAAAGAGAGGGAAUCCAUGAUAGAAGAGGACAGAAUGGAAUUCAUGUGGAGAGGAAGUGAUGUACUAGGCAAAAUGUCCGAUAUCAUGACCCACACUCUUUUCAACCUAUACAACGCUCCCGACGGGUUUUGCUUCGAUUUCCUCUGUAACGACGAACCAAUUAUUGACGAUCCGGAUAAUAAAGUGUACAAUGCUGAUAGGAGGGUAAACGACUUUAUAUCUCAAAUUGAGAGGCAGGCAAAAUACUAUGAUCAUGACAACAUUAUGGUGACAAUGGGUGGAGACUUCACCUACCAGAGCGCUGCAAACUGGUUUAUGAACAUGGAUAAAUUGAUCAAUCACGUGACCACGCAUCCUGCCAACUUGUCAGACAUCAAUAUAUUCUAUUCGACGCCAUCUUGUUAUUUAAAAGCCAUAUAUUUAUAUGGAAGGAGGGACAAAGCUGUUUACACUGAAAAGGGAGACCAGUUACCGUAUGGAAGUGAUGCCUUAACAUAUUGGACAGGAUACUACACGUCUAGGCCCAGUCUGAAAUAUUUCUCCAGGAGAGCCCACGUGUUCUUACAAGUUGUGAAACAGUUGACUGUGAUCGCUCGGUUGGGAGACUCCUAUGAACUGCACCUCCUCAGACAUGCCGUCAGCUUGGUACUACACCAUGACGCAAUAACAGGGACUAGCCAACAGCAUGUCACCAACGAUUUCAUAAGAAUAUUGAGUGAAGCCAUCGACUCUUGCACAAAGAAAGUGUCGAAUUUGCUCAGUUACCUGACUCCAACGUGGGGUGGAAGUCGAAGAACUAAGAACAACCAGCAAUUUGUAAUCUGUCAUCAGCUGAACAUGAGCCAGUGCAGGUUCACCGAGAACCAGGAGUCCAUGCUGCUGCUGGUCUACAACCCUCUCAGCGUAAAGACCUAUCAUCACGUGCGUUUACCGGCCAUAGCUCUGCAUUACUCCAUCAGGGACUUUAAUGAUGAGGAGGUGGAAUACCAGCUGGUGCCGCUACCAGCAGCCAUCAUCAACUUGCCCGGGAGAUCCUCCACAGCCAUUCAGGAGCUGUGCUUCGAAGCGGAGAACAUUCCACCUUUAGGAUUCACAGCAUAUUACAUCGCACCCGUCAGAGACCAACUGGAGGAGAAUGAAUUUGCGAAGAAAUUCUCAAAAUCCAGUCCAGGGAAAGUAGAGCAAGCUGAACAGGAGAUUAUACCAUUCAUCUCAAAUGAGUACAUCAAAGUCACAGUGGAUAAGGCGUCAGGUCUUCUGGAGUCCAUCCAGCACGUGGAUGGAGUGAGGGUGGAUGUGACACAGAACUUCUUCUAUUACGCCCAAGGUCAGCAGACGCUGCAAUCAGGAGCUUACAGCUUCAGACCUGAUCGUCAAAGACCUACACCGGUAACAGAUAAGGUCACCUACAACACCAUCCGAGGGUCUCUUGUCAAGGAGAUCCGUCAAAGGUUCACAGACUGGAUCACUCAGAUCAUAAGGCUGUACCGUGGUGAGGAAUAUGUAGAGCUGGAAUGGAUUAUCGGCCCUGUUCCUAUCGGAACUGACCUUGGCAAGGAGGUGGUCAGCAUCUUCAACACAAACGUAACCAGUAACGGCGAGUUCUUCACCGACUCCAACUCCAGGCAGAUGAUGAGGAGGACCUGCUGGAAUGAGUCUGCUAGUCAACAGCAGAAGAAGCCGAUAGCAGCUUGCUACUACCCCGUGGCCUCUCGGAUAUGCAUACAUUCACUCAACUCCAGCGUCGAGAUGUGUGUCCUCACGGACAGGACUCAAGGAGGCACGUCAUACAACGAUGGAGAAAUUGAACUUAUGGUUCACAGAAGACUUUUAACGGACGAUGGCUUCGGUCUUGAAGAGACUCUCAACGAGGAGGCAUAUGGUGUUGGACUGGUGAUAAAAGGGAAACAUCGGAUUUUGUUCGGGAAUUAUAGACAAGAAGUGGACGAUCAAACGUUUUCCGAGAGAAUGUCUCUUUUCUCGCGACGCUGGCAGUACGAACCCUGGUUGUUCUUGACCUCUGGGGAGAAGCUGAACAGGAGAAAGUGGCAGAAUGUUAGGAAUAAGAGAUAUUCGGUAUUGAAGUUGCACGGUCUGCCACGCCACAUCCACGUGCUGACCUUGGAGCCGUGGAAGGCGGGGACAGUACUCCUCAGGCUAGAGAAUACCCUGGAAAACCCAGUCAGAGAACGAUUCAAAACAGACAAAAGCGAGACCCCUGAUGACUACAACACCAAACCCACACACAUAACAGUAGAGCUGAAAAAGAUCUUCCUUCAGAUGAAUAUCAAGAUGGUUCGGGAAACCACGCUAGCAGCCAACCAGUGGCUGGAUGACGCCAGGCAGAUGGACUGGAGUACCAGAUACGUGUACAGCGGUGCUGAUGAUGGUAUCCUGCCGGAAGACGCAGAGGAAACUGAAGAUAAGCCAACGAAACCAGCAGAUGCUAAGGAUUCAACCCACUAUUCGGAAGAAGACCAAGAGUUCUCCAGAAAGAAGUACUACCGCCGUCCAAAGUUCGCCACUGACAAAAGUCGAUCUAAAGUCAAAAUGCCCGUCUACGCGGACUAUGAUAGGAAGAAGCGAGCUGUCAACGUCACAGGGAAUGUCAUGGAGAAUAUUAUCAAUGACACUUUUAUGGAGGAAAUUAGGUAUAAUGAGACGACGGAGAUACCUUUGAAUGAGACCACAUUGGAAACGACCACGAGGUUCGACGGAAAUGAUACGACGAAGUACGCUGAGCCGUUCAGGUUUUUGGUGACUCAAAAAACUCCAAAACUCAGCUUUCUGAGUCGCAUGAAGCCAAGCAAGCUAGCUCCUGACUGGGGAGCCGAGACCGAGGAGAUGGUGUCUUCUGAGGAAGACUUCUCUUCAAACCUCAAGAAGAGGUCGCCCAGAAGAAGGUCGUCCAAGAAUUUGAAGAGGAGUAAGCCUGAAGAAGUACUAUCGGACGAUGUCGACGAUGGGAUCACGAAAUCAAUAUACGAGAUGUACUAUAAACAUCGGCCUAAAAGCCAAAUCAGGACAAAGUCUUUAGAAGAAGACAAGUCUAGAAAGAAGAAGAAGACACGCAGAAUGAGAGACAAGAACGAUUAUGAUUAUGACAUUGAACAGACGACCAGAAAGUACUUUAGAAGUAAGAAUAAGAGGAGAGGAAAGAGCUUGGCAGCUGAUAUGCCGUUCUUUAUAACUGAUGGUAGAAGGCAUAAAGGAGAGAGGCAGUUCUUUGAAGAAGGACGCAGAGGAAGGGAGAAGAUGAUGGGUGAUGACGGUCAUUUGAAACCUGAGAUGAGAGAGCUCCCACUUAAGAGUAACAUACCAAGAUCCAGAAAACGGAAGGACAACAGCGGCAUGGAGAUGCUGGACUACUCUGAUGAGGAGGACCUGGAUGUACUGGAGAAGGAGUCGGUGGACAGAAGAGGAGAGAACAGCAGGCGAAAGAGAACUUUACCGAAGGACGAUGAACCGCCGAUCGGGGAGACUGGCAACUCUGAGACAGUUGAAGAUGUGGACUUCGUAGUAACAUUGCGUCCGACACAGAUCCGAACCUUCGUCAUCUGGUUCGAGAACCGCAAGGCAUACACAUGAGUUACUGAGCCAUGGAGUUAUUUAGAUGUAGAUGUUUUUGUUUUAACAUUAGUUUACAGUAGGCCUCGGUUUCUGAAAUUCCUUUAUUGAUUAUUACUUUACUGAAUGCUGAAAAAUUACAAUUUAUUUUAGCGGUUAACUUCGUUAAUGUUUUUUCACUUCAUUUAGUAAGUAGUUGUUAUGAUCAUAGUAGCCGUUGCCUACGGCUCCGCCCGCUACAAAAACGUUGGAAAUCAACACAAACAAUACUAAUUACUGUUAACGUUGGUGAAUAUUAAAAAUAAUGUUUAUUACUGCUUCUCCCAAAAACUGGUAGACUAAAAUGAACGGAUACCGCACUAAGCUUAAAGCCAAAGUUAAAAGCUAUCAAUAUAUGGAAUUUGUUUUGGCCACCCGGAAUUUUCUUCAGUGACAUCUUUUUUUCACAAAAUUUCAUUCAUUCGAAGAAAGCCGUAUAUUAUUUAUUUUUGAUAAUUAUAAAUAGCA